AUGUAUUCUGGUGCACCCUGUAGUACAAUGUGUGGUACAAUCGGAGGUACAAUCUUUGAUGCGUUUCACAGAGUUUGUCGAACAAUAGUUUUCGGUGAUGCUUUGUUUUAUAAUAUGAGAAUGAAUCUGUAUAUAGUAACUAUAUGA